AACAUAAAAAUUGUCUCAAGGAAAUAAAAAUCAACAAGAAACAUGGCGCAUCAACAACCAGUUCAUCAAAGACCACUUCAGCAAGAUUGGGCAAACAGAGAAUAUGUCGAAGUUAUCACUGGAAGUAUUAAAAAAAUAACUGAUUUUUUGAAUUCUUUUGACACUUCCUGCCGUUCAAGGCUAGCACUUCUCAAUCAGAAAUUAACACAACUGGAGAGACGAGUUGAAUACAUUGAGGCCAGAGUAACUAAAGGUGAAACUCUGUCUUGAAGAGAAAGUAAAAAACUGAGCAUGGAUGGUGAACACCAAGUCAAGCGAAAACCAAAUAAUCAAAUUAUGUUUGUUGUUCUUUCACCAUCAAUGUUUUUAUAAUGAAGUUUUUCUUAAUUAAGUCUACAUAUAUCAACACCAUUGUAACAACAUUUGUAAACACAGUUUAAGAAUAGACUUGCUGUAUGUGCAAUACAAAAUGAGAAACAAAAUUAUGUUACGCAAAAAAGCUGUUGAUUAAAAAAAAUGCCAACCUCAAAACACUUGCUUGUAUAACACACUUCAAUUAUCUUCAUAUUUAUUUUAUAAUUUAAGCUUUCCCGUUUUUGGUCAUUAGAAUUUCUAGACAUUUUCUAAGACUUACUUAUUGUAAACAUGUAAAUAAGAAUUGUGUGUUUGUGAAAGACCAUGGUGAAUGCUGCCAAUUACUUUAUUAUUAUACACCUAUUUCUUUAAUGAACUUGUGAAUGAAAAGGUUAAUUCAUAUAUUCUUAAAAGAACAUCAUUUGAACCUUUAAUGUGUGUUUGUGUGUGUGAUUCUCAAGAAAAUAAAAAAAAAAAGUAAGAUAAUGAAAUUGGUAAAUACAUUCUUUCACAGUUUAAUUUAUGAGUGUGGGAGAUGUUGUUUUUUUUUGAAGAACUGUAUUAUAUGUUUUUGUUAAUAAAUUUAACAUUUUAAAACCA